AUGCAGCUUCUGCCACUUCUACUGCUGGUAGUUUUCUUCCCAGGUGGUGACAGUGAGGACGCCUUCCAGGGGCCAACCUCUUACCAUGUCAUCCAGAUCUCGACCUUUGCCAACAGCACCUGGGCACAAACUCAAGGCUCAGGCUGGUUGGAAGAUUUGCAGAUUCAUGGCUGGGAUGGUGACUCAGGCACUGCCAUAUUCCUGAAGCCCUGGUCCAAGGGCAACUUCAGUAAUGAGGAGAUUACUGAGAUGGAGGAGAUAUUCCGAGUCUACUUCUUUGGAUUCAUUAGGGAAGUGCAGAGCCGGGCAGGUGAAUUCCAGAUGGAAUACCCCUUUGUGAUCCAGGGAAUAGCAGGCUGUGAGCUGCAUCCUGGGGGUGCCAUAGUAAGCUUCCUGAGGGGAGCUUUAGGAGGACUGGAUUUCCUGAGCGUCCAGAAUUACUCAUGUGUGCCUUCCCCAGAAGGUGGCAGCCGGGCACAGCGGUUCUGCACCCUAGUCACUCAGUAUCAAGGUAUCUACGAUACUGUAGAGAUGCUCCUUUUGGAAACCUGCCCCCGCUAUCUCCUGGGCGUCCUUGAUGCAGGGAAGGCAGAUCUGCAGAGGCAAGUAAAGCCCAAAGCUUGGCUGUCCAGUGGCCCCACUCCUGGGCCUGGCCGUCUGCUGCUGGUGUGCCAUGUCAUAGGAUUCUACCCAAAGCCCGUGUGGGUGAUGUGGAUGCGGGGUGAGAAGGAGCAGGCGGGCACUCAGCGAGGUGACCUCCUGCCCAAUGCUGAUGGGACGUGGUAUCUCCGAGUAACUCUGGAUGUGGCUGCAGGAGAGGCAGCUGGCCUGUCAUGCCGGGUGAAGCACAGCAGUCUAGGAGGCCAGGACAUUGUCCUCUACUGGGGACAUUCCAUCUCCAUUGGCUUGAUUUUCUUGGCAAUAAUAGUGCCCUUAUUGAUCCUUUUGCUGUGCUUUUCAUCUUGGUUUGUGAGGCGUCGGUGA